UCACACUCCAGCUCUUUCUCCUCUUCACAUUCCUCACAUUCCUCAUUCCUGAUGUCAGGAGGGCAGGAGACCGCAUUCAGGAGAUCCACAUGAGAUCCAGAUGAGAACUCGCGGUGACUCCAUGAGUUCUGACGGAGCUGUGCAUGAGGUCUGAUGAAGGGUUCGUCGUGAAGGAUUAUAUUUCUAUGCUCGCUAGGAUUACUCGCUUUUCUUUCAUUCAGUUCUCCGUUUGUGUGUCUGUCGACGCGACAUGUAGCGCUGAGAUCACGAUUUUCUCUGGUUGUUUGUUCCGUGUCUGGUCGUGGUGAUGGGGUUGUCUCAUUACCUCAGCAGCGUGGAUGUUGGUCAUCAUCAGGUGAAGCAGAGCUGAUGGAGUCCUGUCACUGACCGCUGACAUUUAAACGCUUGUGCGGCCCAUCUGAACGCAGGCUUCGUCAUGCCGUUUGGCCUGAAAAUACGAAGUCGCACGCGUUAUAAUGUCCUUAGUAAGAACUACUUUGUGACGCGUAUCCGUAUGCUAAGUAAUGAUGUGAUCGAGUGCACGCUGUCCGUGGAGAGCACGGGUCAAGAGUGUCUGGAGGCCGUCGCGCAGCGGCUUGAGUUACGAGAGACUCAUUAUUUCGGCCUGUGGUUCCACACAAAGUCUCAGUCACAGAGAUGGGUUGACCUAGAGAAAGCUCUGAAGAAACAGUUGGAUAAGUUUGGCAGCGAGCCGAUGCUGUUCUUCGGGGUCAUGUUCUACCUACCGAGUGUGUCUCGACUCCAGCAGGAAGUCACCAGGUAUCAGUAUUACCUGCAGGUGAAGGAGGACGUCUUGAGGGGACGUCUACACUGUACCGUAGAGCAGGGCAUCCGACUGGCAGGCCUCGCCGUACAGGCUGACUUUGGAGAUUAUUCUCAGUUUGUGUCUCAAGAUUUCCUCAGGGAAUAUGUUCUGUUCCCUGUGAGCUGGGCUCCUGUUGAUAAGAUGUUGGAGGAAUGGACACAGGCCGUAGCGGAGGAACACAAGAGUCACUGUCACAUGCCCCAGGCGGAGGCGGAGCUGCUGUACAUUAAGGAGGUGGAGAAGUUAGAUGGCUUUGGUCAGGAAAGUUUUCCUGCAAAGGAUAACUACACCAAUGACAUCAUCAUAGGCGUGUCUUUCAUCGGCGUGUUUGUCAAGCACAGGAACGGCAGAUCCAUAAUGCUCCACCGUUGGAAAGAUAUCGGCACCAUCGGGCACAACAAAUCGGCCAUCACUGUAGAGAUAACCAGCAGAGACGACACCAUCAUGUUCCACAUGGAGGAUAUGGAAAUGGCCAAAUACAUCGCACGCCUUUUUACGGCCAGACACAAGUUCUACAGGCAGAAUAAGAUUUCCGCUGAGCCUUCACGAUCACCUGUGCCAGUCAGGAGAAGACACACCUGGAACAGAGCGUCAAAGGCGUCUUCAUAUACAGACCACUAUCAGGACAGACAGGGCUCUCAAGACAGCAUCUUCCACGAUGACCCUUAUUGUAAAUCAGAAAGCAGUCUUGACCGAUGUCCCGUAGAGUUCGGCUUUCCGAACGGCUCCGUUCACAACGGCAGCAUGUGCAGCACUCCGAGCGUCAGCUCGCUCAAUCGCUCUCAGACGUUUCUUCAUUCCUCUCCGAUGUCAUCCAAUCUCUGCAUCCCCGGCAGUGAACUGAUGCGUCCCGACUACAUCCCCAACCACCGUCACUCAGCCAUCAUCGCACCUUCCUACCGUCCCACCCCCGAUUACGACGCUGUCAUGCGACAAAAGCUCCAAGUCUUUGCGACCACGCCCAACAGCAGCUGCCAUAGCCAGUCGCUGCGCAGCCUGAACAUCACAAACACACACGUGUACCAGCAGCCGCAGGUUUUAGUCUACAGUCAGCCGGAGAUGAGGAAACGUGGUUUGUACGUGGGGCCGAACGGGACGGGAAGAGCCACUCACUCUCCAUUCGGACAACACAUGGGACCUCUGCCGUCCCACUCUGUGCCCGGUAUUGGACACGGAACGGGUCAAUGCGCCUCAAGUGCGGGAAACGGCAUCUCUCACACGGUCAGCACCCCGGAGCUCGCCAACACGCAGCAGCAGGUCGCCAACGGAAGGGCAGAAGAACCGAGUUACAUCACAGCGGCCGCUAACAUGCUGAGGAAUUAUCUUUCCCGUCCACCCCCUCCGUAUCCAACGUUUCGCCCAGCCACGAGCACCCCGGACCUGGCCGGCCACAGGCAGCGCUGCAUUGGUAACUCCAGUCCGGAGCUGGUCAUGAGAAAAGUGCAGCUGUCUGUGAAAACCUUCCAGCCGGACAGUUCGACGGUCAUGCAUCAGUCGCUGCAGGAGGUCAGCGCACCUCUCAUGGUGCUCAAGCACUGCGGCACGCCUCGAAAACGUCACAGCGUGGAAGUGGUGGGGGGCCAGCGGUUCAUGGAGACCCACGGAAACGUCGCUCUGCCUCGCAGGAACACGUCACGAGAACAAGCCCCGCCCGCUCACCAAGCAAAGCCCAAAGAGGUGGAGGUGGCUGCGCAGAAAUUAUCGCCCCCUACUGGUCAGUCUGUGUACCAGCAUGAGAAGACCCUCUCCAAUGUCACCAUGUUUAUUCACAGCAGUGAGAGCGAGGAGGAGGAUGCUCCGGAUCUGGACGUUCACAUUCCAGGUCUGAAUGAGGAUAUUAGUGCUCAGUAUCAGGCGGCUCUCGCCAACAUUCCCAACAAACCCCCCCCGGAGUAUCCGGGGUCCCGACAGAGCGGCAGCACUACAGCACUGCGACAUCCAAACCUGGACAGUAGCGAUGAGACUGGCGAUGUCGUGGAUCAGACCGGCCUCAGCGGCACCACGUCGGUUUCUGAACCCGACCUGACCUGUGUGAAGGAGAGAGUGAGAAAAGAGCCUGUAAAAGAACGGCCCGUCUCGGAGAUGUUCUCCAUCGAGGACAGUAUUGUGGAGAGAGAGAUCGCUCAGAGGUCUCUUGAGAAACAGAAGAUGGAGAAGAGGCCGCUGAUGAUGGCUGCUCUCAACGGCUUGUAUGUCACACACAUGCCCGCUGAACACAUGACCAAACACACGGCUCAACACAACAGCACAGAUGAAUGGUGCCAGAUGCUGGAGCUCAAGUUAGAAGAAGAGAGACUCUUUACUGAAUACGAACAGAUUCCUAAGAAAAAAGCAAAAUCCAUUUUCACCACGGCGACGCUGCCGGACAACAUCGAGCGCAAUCGCUUCAGAGAUGUUCUUCCGUAUGAGGAGAACCGAGUAGAACUCGUCCCGAACAAAGAGAACAACACGGGAUACAUCAACGCCUCUCACAUUAAGGUGACGAUUUGUGGAGAAGAGUGGCACUACAUCGCCACGCAAGGCCCUCUGCCCAACACCUGCCACGAUUUCUGGCAGAUGAUCUGGGAACAGGGAGUCAGUGUCAUCGCCAUGGUUACAGCCGAGGAGGAGGGCGGACGCUCCAAGAGUCACAGGUACUGGCCCAAACUGGGCUCCAAACACAACUCGGCCACGCACGGCAAGUUUAAGGUCACCACCAAGUUCCGCACGGACUCUGGUUGCUAUGCAACCACAGGGUUGAAGGUGAAACAUCUGUUGUCGGGGCAGGAGCGUACCGUCUGGCAUCUUCAGUACACGGACUGGCCUGAACACGGCUGCCCGGAAUAUGUGCAGGGAUUUCUGUCGUAUCUUGAAGAGAUCCAGUCAGUCCGGCGUCACACUAACAGCAUGUUGGACACGUCCAAGAGUUUGAAUCCUCCGGUGAUCGUUCACUGCAGUGCAGGAGUGAGUCGCACCGGGGUUGUCAUCCUCACAGAACUCAUGAUCAGCUGUCUGGAGCACAACCAGCGGGUGGAGGUUGCAGCGAUGUUGGGCCGUUUGAGACAGCAGCGGAUGCUGAUGGUACAGACGGUCUCACAGUAUAAGUUUGUGUAUCAGGUCCUCGUUCAGUUCCUCAAGCACUCCAGACUCAUCUGAGCACUUUCCUUUCCUGACAAUAAUCCUACAAACAACUUACACUUGUCCAUAUCACACGUUUCCAUCUGUUUGUCUUUUUUUGGCAGUGUAUAUGAGAUGUUUACAAUAAAUGUAACAUAAGGUGUUAUCUCUCCGGAGUUCAGGUUUGAAGACCAAUAGAGAAAUUUUGACUCUCAUUUCAAAAAAAGUUAAAAACAUUCUUUAGUUGGAGAUUAAAGAAACAGCCUGAACGUUCUAAACACUCUCUUCUGUCAUUUUCUGCUAAAUUCUUAAAGGAACAGUUUCCUCGAUGUAGGACACAUUUCUGUUCUACUGACAACAAAGAUGUUUUUUUUGUUCCAGCCGUGGUCCUUUUGAUUUAUGAAAUUCAAGAACUUGGGUGCCUUGUGAAAAAUUGUAGAUAUCAUAUAAUAAAAAUAUGGCAUUAUGGACGUCUAGCACCAAUGCGAGGAAACUCAAACAAACUUGUUUGUUCAAGACUAAUUUCAGUUCUUUCAUGUAUGACACUUCUGCACAUAAACGUUUAAAACACCAUUAACUCAUUCCAGUGUUGAUGUUUUGUAUUAUAACAGUAUAUUUUAUACCAUAUUUAUGCUGUGUUUGAUAGUUUUUUAUUUUGUAACUUUGAUCUGAGGUCAGUUACGGUACCAUUGUACAAUUCAAGAGAUUCGAUUAUUUUUCACAUUUAUUAUUGAUCAAUUGGAGUAUCGCUGAAAUACUGAAUAUUGAAACUGCAUUCAGUAUUCAGGCACAAAAGUUGUUGUAUAUUGAUGUAUUUGUUUUGUUUCUAUGAAAUAAAACUAAUAUUAAUAAGCUUAAUUGAUGUGAAUAUUUUAUAUUUUCUCCUGACAUAUUUUUGUGAAAAGAUUAUACAACUAUGCAUGCAUUUUGUAUUCAAAUGUAUAUACUGUACUUGCUUUCACGAAUGAAUCAAUUUCUUUGGCAUUAUUUUUUUACCUUACGCUUCUUAAUCCCAAUCUUGCAUUUAUUCACCAGACUUUUAUUUUGUUAAUGUGCUGCCAGUGCAAAGAAUGCAAUAAAGCAUUAUUAUGUGA